AUGGUGCGCAUGUCCGUUUUAGCCGACUGCCUCAAGACAAUCGUCAACGCGGAAAAGCGAGGACGCCGUCAGGUGCUUAUUCGGCCAUCAAGCAAGGUGGUCGUUAAGUUCCUGCAGUGCAUGCAGAGGCGUGGCUACAUCGGUGAAUUCGAGAUUGUCGAUGACCACCGUUCGAAGAAGAUUGUUGUUGAUCUGCUUGGGCGCAUCAACAAGUGCGGUGUAAUCAGCCCAAGGUACGAUGUGACGGUUGCCAAUAUUGAAAAAUACUGCUCGAACUUGCUGCCAUCGCGUCAGUUUGGCCACUUGGUGCUGACGACUGCUUAUGGCAUUAUGGACCAUGAGGAAGCCCGUAGGAAGCAUACCGGAGGAAAGAUUCUCGGUUUUUUCUUCUGA